GGAAGAGAAAAUCAGUUAAAAUUCCCGCCAAUCCAUGACACACUUUCACUAUCCAUUCAACAGAUUUACAGCUCAUCGAUCACCGGUAACCGCCAUGGAUCACGCGCUGUACAUUCUCCCUCUCCUCCUCACCCUCCUCUUCCACCGCGCCGCUCUCACCUCCGCCGCUGACGCCGGCCAAUCGCCGAUGAUGCUCCCCUCCCCCGCCUGCACCGACGAGCUGGUCGUCUUCUCCUCGUGCCUCCCUUUCAUCGGCGCCUCCCCCAACAACCGCACCGACUUCCCCCCGCAGGAGUGCUGCGACGACGUCUCCAAAGCUUUCACGAACGGCUCCGCCAUUUGCUUCUGCUACUUGAUUCUCGAACCGGAUAUUCUCGGAUUUCCGCUCAAUUCCAGCAAGCUGCUCUCUCUCACAUCCUUCUGCCCGCGGAAUGAUCAAAAUUCUACUGCUAGUUUCUCGCUCCAAACACUCUGUUCAGGUUCAGCUGCCUUGCCUCCUCUUCACAGCAUAUCAGGCUCCAACAAACCAAAGCCUCAAAAUACUGGUAAAAUGCUGCAAUCUGAUUUUGCCGAGAGCCCUCCUCCCCAGGAAUCAAGCGAUGGUCCUUCGACUGAACAACCUGCAGAUGUAUUGCCUAAUGAAGCUAGGUCAUCAACCCGGUCGUCAGCGUUGCAGAAGAUCUGCUGGCUGCGCUGGACUCAAGAACUGUGA